AUGGGGAAGACCUCUGUGAGGAUUUUGCAAAAGAUCGUCAGAAAUGAUGCCAUGCACACUGAUCCGCCCGAGAUUUUCGGAUGGCGUGUAUAUACGUUAGCCAUGUCGGCAUGCUUCGGUGCCAUGUGUUUCGGUUGGGAUUCCAGCGUCAUCGGUGGUGUCAUCGUCCUGGACGCCUUCAAGGCAGACUAUGGCCUGAGCCCCGACAACAAGGACUACAGGUCCCAGGAUCUCGCGGCCAACAUCGUCUCCACUCUGCAAGCCGGUUGCUUCCUCGGCGCCAUCGUAGCCUCGCCCAUGACCGACGCCUUUGGCCGCAGGAGCUGUCUACUCGGCGUGGCGGGCAUCAUCCUGAUCGGUGUCAUCAUGCAGGGCGCAGCCUCGGGCAGCCUGGGCGCUCUCUACGCCGGUCGGUUCGUGGCCGGGUUCGGCGUGGGAGCCGCGUCGUGCAUCAACCCCAUCUACGUCUCCGAGAACGCGCCCCGCGCCAUCCGUGGCCUGCUCACAGGCAUGUACCAGCUCUUCAUCGUCACCGGAGGUAUGAUCGCAUUCUGGGUCAACUACGCCGUCAACCUGCACCACCGCGGCAAGACCUCGUACAUCCUCCCGCUCUCAGUCCAGGGCAUCCCCGCCGCCCUGCUCUUCAUCACCAUGUGGAUGUGCAAAGAGUCCCCCAGGUGGCUGGCCCGCAAGGACCGCUGGGAAGAGGCCAGGGCUGUUUUAUCUCACACCAGAAAUCUGCCGAGCGACCACCCGUACCUGCAGGAGGAGAUGGCCGAGAUUGCCGACCAGCUGGAGCACGAGCGUCAGAUUGUGGGUGACGCCUCGUGGCUCCAGCUCAACAAGGAGAUUUGGCGCCAGAGCAUCCACCGCAAGCGCGCCAUCAUCAGUAUCACCGGCACCAACGCCAUCAACACAUACGCCCCCACCAUCUUUGCCAAUCUCGGAAUCAAGGGUCUCGACGGCCAACUGCUUGGAACUGGUGUCUAUGGCGUGGUCAAAGUCCUAUCCUGCAUCGCCUUCCUUCUCUUUAUGGCAGACUCCCUUGGCCGCAGACGCUCCCUCCUCUGGACAUCCAUCGCCCAGGGUCUCGUCAUGUUCUACAUCGGUAUCUACGUCCGCAUCGCACCUCCCAAGGAAGGUGACCCUGUGCCUCCGGCGGGUUACUUUGCGCUCGUCUGCAUCUUUUUGUUUGCCGCCUUCUUCCAAUUCGGCUGGGGUCCCGCCUGCUGGAUUCUGGCGUCCGAGAUCCCGUCCGCCCGCUUCCGGUCCAUCAACGUUUCCUACGCCGCCGCGACGCAGUGGCUCUUCAAUUUUGUGGUUGCCCGCUCGGUGCCGGUGAUGCUAAUAACGAUAGGCGGCAAAACGGGUUACGGCACAUAUCUCCUCUUUGGAAGUUUCGCCUUCACCAUGUUCUUCUUCGUCUGGUUCUUCGUCCCCGAGACCAAGGGCCUGUCGCUUGAGGCCAUGGACGAGCUCUUUGGCGGGUCCCCAUCGGGCGAGACCCUCAAGAACACGCAGAUCAACGAGCACGCCGACGGCAACACCACACCCCCGGCAACGUACGGAAACAAGGAUAAUGUUGGUGCCAAAGCGACUCAGGUCUAG